GUUUGGCUACGGGGAUCUCCUGGAACAGGGAAGACUGCGAUAUCUAUGAGUGUUGCAUCCACUCUGAAGGAGCAGGGUAGGCUGGCCACAUCAUUCUUUUGGGAUAAGAACCAAGCAGGAACAGGCUUGGAUUCUAUCGAACUGUUCCCCUCUACCCUUGCUUGCCAACUUGCAUCCUUCAAUGAGGACUUCAAAUUGUCGCUUGUCAGACGUCUUCGGCAACCUGAUUUGGUCUUUGUUCAGGAUCUUCCUCUGGACAAACAAAUCAAUACUCUGGUGAUUGAGCCAAUGCGUGACUUGAAGGAUAUGUGGUCUUCGGGAAAUGAUCACAUCGUUAUUGUCCUGGAUGGCGUUGAUGAGUGC